UUUAUUACAAACUCCAUUUUCCAUACAUUUUUAAUAAGUGUAUCUAUAUGCUGAAUACAGUGCUGGCACAUCACUCUUCCUUCCUUUGCCUAUAAAUUAAUUAAUAAUGACAAACUUAUUACUUGUACUAAAUGCAAGAGAACUCAUAGUAUUAAGCACAUACAUUCCAUAAAGCAAACAAGGAUGGAAGGCGGAGGUCUAAAAGGAGGAUGCACCGCCCAUGCUCCUCUUCACACGUUUGAACCGCUGCGGCGGACGGCCUUGAACCGCGUAUUUGUGGUGGUUUACUCGUGUGCACUUUUUGCUCUACUCUAUCGCCAUGCACAGAUGCUUCUCUACUCCACAACUUUACUCUCUUUCUCUAUGACACUGUCUUUGCUCAUCUCAGAUCUUGUCCUGGCCUUCAUGUGGGCAUGCGGACAAGCUUUUCGAAUGCGCCCAAUUCGUCGUAAAGAGUUCCCUGAAAGCCUCAAAAGAAUCAUGAAAGAAGAAGAUUUUCCAGGGCUGGACGUGUUCAUAUGCACGGCUGAUCCUCACAAGGAGCCACCAAUGAAUGUGGUGAACACAGCCCUCUCGUUGAUGGCUUAUGAUUAUCCAACAGAGAAGCUUUCCGUCUAUGUAUCAGAUGAUGGAGGGUCAGCUUUGACUCUCUUUGCUUUCAUGGAGGCUGCUAAGUUUGCAUUUCAUUGGCUACCAUUUUGCAGGGAGCACAAUAUAAUGGAUAGGAGCCCUCAAGUGUAUUUUGCGUCUAAUUAUCAUUCUUGGAGCCCUGAGAUUGAGAAGAUUAAGAUGAUGUACGAGAAUAUGAAAGUGAAGGUAGAACAUAUUGUCGAUAAAGGAGAAAUCAGUGAUGAAUACAUUACAGAGGAUCAACAACGCCAAGCUUUUAAUAAAUGGACCAACGGGUUUACUCGCAUACAUCACCCCACUAUCAUCCAGGUUAUCUUAGAUAAGAGCAAUGACAAAGACGUUUCUGGCCAUUGUUUGCCAAAUUUAAUUUAUGUCUCUAGACAGAAAUGCAACAGUUCACCCCACCACUUUAAAGCUGGAGCUCUUAAUGUUCUGUUACGUGUAUCAGCUGUUAUGACAAAUGCGUCAAUAAUCUUAACUCAAGAUUGUGAUAUGUACUCAAAUGAUCCCCAAACACCUCUUCGUGUGCUAUGUUAUCUAUCAGAUUCUGCAAUUCAAUCAAAAUUAGCAUACAUUCAAUUUCCACAACGAUUUCAUGGCCUUAACAAAAAUGACAUCUACGCUUCCGAGUAUAAACGUCUCUUCCAAGUCAAUCCCAUGGGUUUUGACGGGCUAAAGGGCCCGAAUUAUGUGGGAUCCGGCUGCUUCUUUUGCCGGCGAGCUCUCUUCGGUGGCCCAUCAGCUUCGUUUCCCAUUGAAGUCCCAGAACUUAGCCCAAACCAUGUGGUAGACAAGCCCAUUAAAUCUCAAGAAAUUUUGUCAUUGGCACACCAAGUGGCAGGUUGCAACUAUGAGAACCAAACUAAAUGGGGAUCAAAGUGUGGCUUCAGAUAUGGAUCUCUGGUUGAGGACUUUUACACAGGUUAUCGGCUUCAGUGUGAAGGAUGGAAGGGCUUGUUCUGCCACCCUGAGAGGGCUGCAUUUUUAGGGGAUGUGCCAAUUACCCUUUUUGAUAUAAUUAAUCAAUGCAAGAGAUGGUGCAUCGGACUUUGUGAAGUGACCUUCUCCAAAUAUAACACUCUCAUCUUCGGUUCUCAUUCCAUGGGCCUUUUAAUGGGCCUAAGUUAUUCUCACUAUGCAUUCUGGCCUAUAUGGUGCGUUCCAGUCACCCUCUAUUCUUUCCUACCCCAGCUAGCACUCCUCAAUAAAGUUAGUAUCUUCCCAAAGAUAUCAGAACCAUGGUUUUUCUUGUAUGUUUUUCUUUUCCUCAGCGCUUACGGGCAAGAUUUCCUUGACUUUCUCCUAGCUGGAGGCACUGUCCAAAGGUGGUGGAAUGCUCAAAGGAUGUGGAUGAUAAGGGGACUGUCAUGUUUUUUGUUUGCUUCAGUUGAGUACUUUCUCAAGUCCUUACGCAUUUCCACACAUGGUUUUAGCCUAACGAGCAAGGUGCUUGAUGAUGAACAAAGCAAGAGAUACAGCAGAGGCAUUUUUGAGUUCGGAGUCCCAUCCCCCAUGUUUGUUCCAUUAACUAUGGCUGCAAUAAUCAACUUAUUCUCAUUCGUAUGGGGAUUGACAGAGUUUUUGGUUGGCAGAAAUGGGGAAGGUCUCGGUAUGCAGAUGUUGUUAACAGGGUUCAUUGUGGUGAAUUGCCAGCCAAUUUAUGGAGCCAUUGCCUUGAGGAAUGACAAUGGAAAAAUGCCCACCAAAAUUACUGUUAUCUCAAUAUGUCUGUCAGUGGCUCUUUAUAUUGCCGCUUCUUUCUGUUUCAGAAGUAAUGACUCCAAGAAAUAAGGUAGGGCUUUUUCCACUCAAUUACUAGCAUCUUUGCUUUGCAUUUUUCCUUGAUGAAAUAAUUAAUGGCUGAAGUUUCUUUUUCCCUUUCGUUUGGUAUGGCAGACUGUAUGAUACAGUUAUUUUACA